UGCUGAUGCUUCUUCCCCACCCCCAAUUCGAUUUGCUUCGCUCGUUCCUCCGAUCUGCCGAUGCGUCCGGCUGCUCAUCCGGAUUUGCCCGAAUCUUCUAGGUCAUUGUCAGCCAGGCGGUUUAUCGCCUCCAUCCCAUCCGUCAUCCGAUAGCACUAGCAGGUUGGCUGGUCCGGCGCGUUCCGAUUCCUUUCCCUCGAGAAUAAAAAAAUGGAACUUUUUUUUUCCCGCUAGUUUGUUCUGGGGAUAAUGCCGGCGGCGGAGGCCAUAACUUGCAAGGCUGGCAUCUCAUGGCAUGUCGCCCAACUGACUUGACGGGCGCGGCUGAUCGCUCACCAGUCACCACCCCUCUUGCUCUUGAAUUCGUGGGGCGUUUUCGUGUCCGCACGCUUGACGGCGAAGUGGUUGUUGCUUUCGGAAUCCUCUUUUCCCUAGUCGCGGAGAAAGAUUUGCUUCCCUCCCUCUCUCGCCGUUCUGGUGGCGUUCGUUCGUCUCGCAUUCGCUUGGUCAGGCGGGCCUGUUCCCAAGAUGUGGGUUCAUUAUUUUCAUCAGUCAGGAAAAAAAAGUUGAAUCUUUCGUGUUGUUGGGUGCUCUGAGUUACUCCACCAAUCGUGUUUGCUUUUAGGAUUCGUUCUCGAGGGUGGUUUGGGGGCAGGCAGGCUGAUGAAGCGUGCGGCGGUUUCUUGCGCAGGUCUCCGUUACUCGGCGAUCUUCCUCCUCGCGUGCUCUGCUUCCGCUUGCCCCCGUCGAGCGAGGGUUGAGUGGAGCCGGACCAUGGCGGAGGUAGAAGACGCGGUGGGCGCGCCGCCGACGGCGACGACGACGGAGUCCGAGGGCACCACCACGGACGACGAGCAUCUCUCGCCGACCUGCGCCUGCGGCGGCAGGGGCCCACGCGGGGGCCGCAUCAAGAUCCUCUGCAGCUUCGGCGGCCGCAUCGUGCCCCGCCCGCACGACGGCGUCCUCAAGUACGUCGGCGGGGAAACCCGCGUCCUCCCCGUGCCCCGAUCCAUCCCCUUCCGCGAGAUGAAGAAGAAGGUCGAGGAGAUGUUCAAGACGGAAGUGGCCGCGAUCAAGUACCAGCUCCUCUCCCUCGCCGAGGACCUCGACGUGCUCGUCUCCGUCACCUGCGACCAGGACCUGGUCCACAUGCUGGAGGAGUACGACCGCCUCGAGGCCAAGCGGUCGCCGACCGCGUCCCCGCGCUUCCGCGUCUACGUCUUCGCGCCGCAGCCCGCCGCGCCGCUCCUGUCGGCCGCCGCGCCUGCCCGCCACGCCGGCCUGUCGCGCCUCCACCCGCAGCACCUCCACCACCACCAGCAGCAGCACCCGCACCACCACUUCCAGGCGGAGCGCUACGUGGCCACCGUGCCCGUCUCGCCGGACGGGAGCCCGCCGUUCCCGGCCCAGCCGCACGGCGCCGUCUCCGCGGGCAACUCGCCGCGCGCCAACGCCGUCCUCGGCCUCGGGAUGCAGCGCGUGCGGAGCACGCCGAACCUCGGCGCCCUGGACGCGGCGGCGCAGCACCUGCAGCAGCACGCGGCGGACGGCGGCGGCGUGCCGGGCUACGUGGGCGGCUCGCCGAGCCACGCCGGCGGCGCGGGCCGCCUCCUGCUGCAUUCGAACAGCUUCCACCAGUACCAGCACCAGUACACGCCGGCGCCGGCGGCCGCGCCGCACCAUGCCGGGCGGUACGACGCGCGCGGCGGGUACGUCAGGGUGGGCAACUACCUGGCGCCAAUGGCGGCGCCUCCUUCCCGGCCGGUCUCGAGGGGAGGACUGGCGCCGCACAGCGAGAUGGUCAAGUCUGCGAUCGUGUGGGACUGACCCGGCCGGCCGUUCGCCGGAGCCCGGAGGGAGGCUGAUGAGCUGUAACGAUUUAUCCUUUUUUGCAUCAGUACGAGGGGCAGUGAAAUGAGUGGUACGAUGAAGUUGAGAGAUGUAAAUAGACGGUCGGAUAUGGAUGCACGCGGCCUUGUUUUAACUGUUG